AUGGUUGACUACAAAGCUCACCAGUAUUUUCUGUACUCUGUGGUGAUUUUGAUGAUUUUCAUUGGUCUGUUCGGAAAUUUGAACCUUAUUUGGCUGCACUUUAGGCGACCUGUUUUGAGGACCAAAUAUGGUAGUCUUUAAAUUACUUUUUUUGAAGUUGUAAUGUUUUUAGGGUGUCUUUUAACGUUGCUAACGACUUUCCAGACCUUUUGUCUCGUUUCCGAGUCGGUCAAUGUUGCCUUUGGCAUUGCUAGUGAGUUUUUAAACAAUUUUCAAAGAUCAGAAAAAAAUUGUUGCGCAGAAAAUUCAAAAUCGCAUUAUUUUUAAUGAAAUAACGGAGUUUCCAGAAAAGGAAAAAAAAGAGCUCGGUCCCUAUUUCAGAAAAAACAUUUGCAAGAUUUUUGUUUCAUUAAGACUUUUUUGUAGCAAUCACGACAAACUAUCAAAUCAAGAGAGACUUUUGCUAUAAUUUCAUAUUUCUGGACAUUUUUUGCAACUGCGUCCAGACGAUUCUGAUCGCUGCGAUUUCUGUUGACUUUCUCAUUGCGAUUCUCUUUCCAAUUGAGUAAGUUUUCAUAGAAUUAUCUCUGAGACUCGAAAUUUACUCAUUUAGGCACAGGAACCUGUCCACCACGCCGUAUUUGUGUUUUAUUGUGGCCCUUGGGUUCAUCUACGGAUCUUCCAUCGUUAUUUUGGGAUUUGCUGACGCUAAUCAGGAUGUUGUCAAGGUUGUUUUCCUUGAAUUCAUAAAACGAGGAAUUUUUUAAGUUGUGUAAUCCGCCGACGGCUCUGCACCCUAAAGUGGCCACUUUGUGGUAUCGUGUGGCGUUUUUAGCAGCCUUGGUCACUCUGUUGGCGUAUAUAGCGUCAUUCAGCUUGAUUUAUUUCAAAACCAGAAGUUUUUUUUAGUUUUAUCCGUAGAGCGCAGUUUUUUUGAAAUUUUUUUGUUCGGGCUUUCAAAAAGGGUCCAAUCGCAGAAAAAUCACAUUUUGAGAGUUCUUAUCCAGAGCACACGUUUUCUGAUGCUAAUGACUCUUUUUUCUCGGAAAAAUGAACUUUUUGAAAGGUUGUAUCCAUGGAACACGCUUCAGCCCUUGACUUGAACUUUUUUUCGAAUUCAAACUUGAAAUUUCAGGAAGUAGCCAACGAUCGGCGCUAG